AUGAAAAUUCAAUUUCUAUUGGCAUUCAUUGUCCUUGCAUCCACUCAAUCUUCGUUCCUAGAAGAGUCUUUAAUAAACAGAUCCUUUGCCCCCAUGACUAAUAUAUUCUUAGAGAAAUUAACAGAUCCCACUUAAUAAUUAGAAACAGCCACUGCUCCAGAAACACUCCUAACAGCCACACUUGAUAGCUACAUCAAUGCCCAAGCAUAAUAAUAAAUUCUUAUUUCCCAAUAAUAUGAGUCUAAUUUGCCAGCUAAGGGUGAUUGUAUUAUUCUUUAUGGAGAAUGCGAUUAUAAGGGACCUUCUUUCAAAUAUUGUGAUUAACCAGGAGAAUACAUCAAAUUUGAAAUCCCUGUUCAUUCCGUUUAUAUUCCUAUUGGUAUGUCACUCAAAAUUAAAGAUGCUCUCUAAGGAAACAAACUUAAUUUGAUUUAUAGUCACGAAUGCAUAUCUGAAGGAAUCCAUAUUCCUGAACCUAAAAUUUAUGAAGAACAUCCCAAUGAGUGGUUCGGUGAAAUUAAAGAAACUGAAAAGGCUGUUCUUGAUAGCGGAGAACUUGCAACACCAUAAAUAAAAUAUUAUGACAAUGAUGGAAAUGUCAUAUCUAAGGAAGAUUAUUAGAAAUUAAUUGAAGCAGAUAUCCAAAAAUCCCAUAAUUUCUACCUUGGAAUAGUUGAACAACCAGAUUAUUCCACUCCUGCAUAAUUAGAUUAAACUGACUCUAAUGAAUGA